CCGAACUUCGGCGCCUCUCUGCACAUCCUGAAGGUGGAGAUCGGAGGAGACGCUCAGACUACAGAUGGAACAGAGCCGUCUCACAUGCACUACGAGGACGAUGAGAACUACUUCCGUGGGUACGAGUGGUGGCUGAUGAGGGAGGCCAAGAAAAGGAACCCGAACAUCACGCUCAUCGGUUUGCCGUGGGCGUUUCCCGGGUGGGUGGGCCGAGGGAAGAACUGGCCCUACGACUUCCCGGACGUCACGGCAACGUAUGUGGUGAGCUGGAUCCUGGGAGCCAAGAAGUACCACGACCUGGACAUCCAGUAUGUGGGGAUUUGGAAUGAGCGCGAGUACGACGUCACCUACAUAAAGCUGCUGCGCUACACUCUGGAUAAGAGUGGUCUGGAUGGGGUCAGGAUUAUAGCCAGCGACAACCUGUGGGAGCCCAUUACCCAGUCGCUGCUGCUCGACCCCGAGCUCAGCAGCGCUGUAGACGUGCUAGGAGCUCACUAUCCAGGAACCCGGACCGUGUCGCAGGCCCUGAAGACCGAGAAGAAGCUGUGGUCCUCGGAGGACUACAGCACCUUCAACGAUGAGGUGGGAGGAGGCUGCUGGGCGAGAAUCCUCAACCAGAACUACGUCAAUGGAAACAUGACUUCAACCAUCUCCUGGAACCUGGUGGCCAGCUACUACCAGGACCUGCCGUUCGGCAGAGACGGGCUGAUGACGGCUCAGGAGCCAUGGAGCGGGAACUACGUGGUGGAAUCUCCCAUCUGGAUCACAGCCCACAGCACCCAGUUUGUGCAGCCCGGGUGGACGUACCUGAAGACUGUAGGACAUCUGGAUCAGGGAGGGAGUUACGUCGCCCUGACCGACGGGAAGGGAAAYCUCACUAUUGUCAUAGAAACCAUGACUCACGAUCACUCAGUCUGCAUCAGACCUCCUCUUCCUGCGUUUAACGUGACAUCCCAGAAUGCAACAUUCCAGCUGAAAGGAUCCUUCGCUUCCAUCAAAGAGCUCCAGAUGUGGCGUUCGCAGUUUAACUUUAAGACCAGCCAGCCCUCGUUUUUUGAGAAACUGCCGCCUGUGAAGCUCAUUAACGGGUCGUUCACGCUGAACCUGGCCGAAGACGAGGUCUACACUUUCACCACCGUGGAGACGGGACAGAAGGGCAGCUACCCCGACCCGCCUCCGUCUGCUCGCUUUCCCAAAACCUACAAGGACAMCUUUGAUGUUUUGAACCCUCCGUUCUCCGAAGCUCCGAACUUCGCCGACCAGACCGGCGUGUUCGAGUACUACAAGAACCUGACGGACCCCGGACCUCACGUCUUCACGUUACGACAGGUCGUGACGGAGAGACCGAUCACCUGGGCGUCCGACGCCGACCAGACCGUCAGCGUCAUCGGAGACUACCUGUG